AUGCCAGGCACUGUAACAAGAGCGCCGGCGAAACGCGCCCUCGCCGAAUCCUCCAGCACCCGCACAAAUGUACAGGCGUCGCCCCACUCCUCGAAGAAGCUGAAGAUACAGAACGGCAGUGAUAGGAGUAGACCACCACAAAAAUUCAAUGGCUCCUUCAACUCGAGCCAAGUGGGCCCGAGCCAGUUCGAGGAGACGUUGGAGAAAAUGACGCAGGACAUGGAGACGCUGAAGAAGGAUAACACAGAGAAGGACCAACAAUGGCGGCGGCCUCCCUUACCGGCAGACUUCAAUGAGAUGACACAAAAUCUGGUCUUCCAGCAGAUUGAGGCUGAAGAAGGCGUACUCAAUGGUGGCAAGACGACGGUCAAGCUCUUUGGCGUGACGGAGACUGGUCAAUCCGUCCUCAUUCAUGUUACCGGUUUCCAACAUUACUUCUACGUCGCCGCGCCCCUCAACUUCCACAAAGAAGACUGUGAACCGUACAAGGUCUUCCUGGAGAGCGAAUGCCAGAAAAACUUCAACCAACACUCAGCCGUCAUCGCGUCAGUACAGAUGUGUAUGAGGGAGAACAUCCUGCGCUUUCAGGGUAACCAGAAGAGUCCGUACCUCAAGAUCACGGUAACAGAUCCGAAGAUGAUCAAUCGCGUCCGGAUGAUGGUGCAAAAGGGCAAUGCCAACUACAAGCGACUUUGGCCGGCCAGAGAAGAUGGUAUCCUUACCUUUGACAACAUCGCCUACGUGCUGCGCUUCAUGAUUGACACCAAGGUCGCCGGCAUGUGCUGGGUCGAAGUCCCUGCGGGCAAAUACAGGAUGAUUAGCCCUCGCGAUCGACACUCCAACUGUCAGAUUGAGGCACAACUACACUACAGCGAUCUCAUCGCCCACCAGUCUGAAGGUGAAUGGGCCAAGCUUGCCCCCCUCCGCAUCCUCUCCUUCGAUAUCGAGUGCGCUGGCCGCAAAGGUGUCUUUCCCGAGGCGAACGUCGACCCCGUCAUUCAGAUCGCGAACGUCGUUACAAGAUACGGAGAGCAGAAGCCCUUCGUCAGGAACGUCUUCUGUUUAGAUACCGUCAGCCCUAUCGUCGCGACACAGGUCUUGUCGUUCCAGGAUGAAGGCGAGAUGCUGAUGAAAUGGCGCGAUUUCGUAGAAGAGGCCGACCCAGACGUUAUUAUCGGCUACAACAUCAACAACUUCGACUUCCCAUAUCUGCUCGACCGUGCAAAGCAUCUGAAGCUGCAGAAGUUCCCGUAUUGGUCCCGUCUGAAGACAGUGCAGUCCAAAGUAGAAACCUCCAAUUUUUCCAGUAAACAACUGGGGAGCCGCGACACAAAAACAACCAACACCAACGGCCGUCUGCAGCUCGACUUGUUGCAGCUCAUCCAACGAGACCAUCAGCUGCGAAGCUAUACAUUGAACUCGGUAUGUGCUCACUUUCUCAAGGAGCAGAAAGAGGAUGUGCACCACAGCAUGAUUACGGAACUGUUCAACGGCGACGCCAACUCCCGCCGAAGAUUGGCUGUAUACUGUUUGAAGGACGCCUAUCUACCACAGCGACUGCUCGACAAGCUUAUGUGCCUAGUCAACUACACCGAAAUGGCUCGUGUCACAGGUGUGCCAUUCAAUUACCUUCUUGCCCGAGGACAGCAGGUUCGCUUCAUCAGUCAGUUGUUCCGUAAAGCCCUUGACCAUCAACUCAUCGUUCCGGAUCUCCCAAACCAAGGCGACAACGGCGACCAAUACGAAGGUGCGACUGUCAUUGAACCCAAGCGUGGCUACUACAAAGAACCUGUUGCAACUCUCGAUUUCGCUUCGCUAUAUCCCAGUAUCAUGCAGGCUCACAACCUUUGCUAUACGACCUGGCUUGACAAGCAGACGGUGGAGAAGCUCAAGAUGAAGAAGGAUGAGGAUUACAUUGUGACUCCAAACGGUGACAUGUUCUGCACAUCAAAGAUACGCAAGGGACUCUUAACGGAGAUUCUGGAAGAGUUGCUAGGUGCGCGUAAGAGGGCGAAGAAAGAGUUGGGGGUCGAGACCGAUCCCUUCAAGAAGGCUGUGCUGAACGGUCGUCAGUUGGCCUUGAAGGUCAGCGCCAACUCCGUCUACGGUUUGACAGGUGCUACUAACGGAAAGCUGCCCUGUCUUGCCAUCGCAAGUAGUACCACAAGUUUCGGUCGUCAAAUGAUCGAAAAGACCAAAGCUGAAGUGGAGGCAAAGUAUACCAUCGCGAACGGGUAUACGCACGAUGCCGAGGUCAUUUACGGCGACACUGAUUCCGUUAUGGUCAAGUUCGGCACGUCUGAGCUAGCAGAAGCAAUGAAAUUGGGUGAGGAAGCUGCUCUCUAUGUGUCUUCGAAGUUCAUCAAGCCUAUCAAACUGGAGUUCGAGAAGGUCUAUUUCCCCUACCUGCUCAUCAACAAAAAGCGUUAUGCUGGUUUGUACUGGACGAACCCGAACAAGUGGGACAAGAUGGACACAAAAGGUAUUGAAACGGUCCGCCGUGACAAUUGCCGUCUUGUCCAGACUGUUAUCGAAACUUCCUUGCGCAUGCUGUUGAUCGACCAAGACCCAGAGGGUGCCCAAGAGUUCGUCAAGGAGACUAUUGCAGACCUUUUGCAAAACAAGGUGGACAUGUCGAACCUGGUGAUCACCAAAGCCCUUACUAAACAAGAGAACAAGGAUGGAACGGGUGGCUACGCGAACAAACAAGCACAUGUUGAGCUUGCAGAACGUAUGAAGAAGCGCGACGCGGGUUCAGCGCCAGCUCUCGGCGACCGUGUCGCCUAUGUUAUGGUCAGAGCCGCCACCGGUGCUAAGAAUUUCGAGAAGUCCGAAGAUCCUCUCUAUGUUCUCGAGAACAACCUACCCAUCGAUACGCGUUACUAUCUGGACAACCAACUUGCGAAACCACUUGGAAGAAUCUUCGAGCCUAUCCUAGGCGAGAAGAAGGCUGCCUCGUUACUUACCGGUGAUCAUACGCGUUCCAUCACCGUCGCGGCACCCACCAUGGGUGGUUUGAUGAAGUUUGCAAAGAAGACACAGACAUGCAUGGGUUGCAAGAAGCCACUUACCGCUGCAUAUGAGAAGGAUGGCGCCGUUUGCGAGAACUGCCGGCCGCGUAUUGCCGAGCUCUACACAAAGACGCUGGGCAAAGUCAGUGAACUGGAGGUUCGCUUCUCGCGUCUUUGGACGCAAUGCCAGCGAUGCCAAGGCAGCGUUCACUGUGAGGUCAUCUGCGCGUCGAAGGAUUGCCCAAUCUUCUACAUGCGCAUGAAGGCGAGGAAGGAUGUUGAAGAUGCAGGCAAAGAGUUAGUGCGUUUCGACAAGGACGCGGCGUUAUGGUGA